AUGACGGAACAGCAGUUCCCCAAGAACAAGUGCUGCUACGUAUAUGACAUUAGUAACAGACACUUACAACCCACAUACAGGUACUGCUGCUACGUAUAUGACAUUAGUAACAGACACCUACAACCCACAUACAGGUACUGCUGCUACAUAUAUGACAUUAGUAACAGACACCUACAGCCCAGUGACAGGUACUGCUGCUACGUAUAUGACAUUAGUAACAGACACCUACAACCCAGUGACAGGUACUGCUGCUACGUAUAUGACAUUAGUAACAGACACCUACAACCCACAUACAGGUACUGCUGCUACGUAUAUGACAUUAGUAACAGACACCUACAACCCAGUGACAGGUACUGCUGCUACGUAUAUGACAUUAGUAACAGACACCUACAACCCACAUACAGGUACUGCUGCUACAUAUAUGACAUUAGUAACAGACACCUACAGCCCACAUACAGGUACUGCUGCUACAUAUAUGACAUUAGUAACAGACACCUACAACCCAGUGACAGGUACUGCUGCUACGUAUAUGACAUUAGUAACAGACACCUACAACCCACAUACAGGUACUGCUGCUACAUAUAUGACAUUAGUAACAGACACCUACAACCCACAUACAGGUACUGCUGCUACAUAUAUGACAUUAGUAACAGACACCUACAACCCACAUACAGGUACUGCUGCUACAUAUAUGACAUUAGUAACAGACACCUACAGCCCACAUACAGGUACUGCUGCUACAUAUAUGACAUUAGUAACAGACACCUACAGCCCAGUGACAGGUACUGCUGCUACGUAUAUGACAUUAGUAACAGACACCUACAACCCACAUACAGGUACUGCUGCUACGUAUAUGACAUUAGUAACAGACACCUACAACCCAGUGACAGGUACUGCUGCUACGUAUAUGACAUUAGUAACAGACACCUACAACCCACAUACAGGUACUGCUGCUACGUAUAUGACAUUAGUAACAGACACCUACAACCCAGUGACAGGUACUGCUGCUACGUAUAUGACAUUAGUAACAGACACCUACAACCCACAUACAGGUACUGCUGCUACGUAUAUGACAUUAGUAACAGACACCUACAGCCCACAUACAGGUACUGCUGCUACGUAUAUGACAUUAGUAACAGACACCUACAACCCACAUACAGGUACUGCUGCUACAUAUAUGACAUUAGUAACAGACACCUACAGCCCAGUGACAGGUACUGCUGCUACGUAUAUGACAUUAGUAACAGACACCUACAACCCACAUACAGGUACUGCUGCUACGUAUAUGACAUUAGUAACAGACACCUACAACCCACAUACAGGUACUGCUGCUACGUAUAUGACAUUAGUAACAGACACCUACAGCCCAGUGACAGGUACUGCUGCUACGUAUAUGACAUUAGUAACAGACACCUACAUCACUAACAGGCUGCUCCUGUCAUGUUUUGUCUUAUAUUGUCUUGUCAUUAUGCUUUCCCUUCUGUUCGUUUCCCCCUGCUGGUCUUAUUAGGUUCGUUCCCUUUUUCUCUCUCCUUCCCUCUCUCUCCUCUCUCUAUCGUUCCGUUCCUGCUCCCAGCUGUUCCCCAUUCUCCUACUCACUCAUUUAGUCUUUUCACACCUGUUCCCUAUCUUGUCCUCUGAUUAGAGUCCCUAUUUCUCCCCUUGUUUUCCGUUUCUGUCCUGUCGGAUCCUUGUAUGAUGUUCGCUGUGCUGUGUCUUUGUCUCGCCCUGUCGUGUCUUGUCUCCUUCAGAUGCUGCGUGUGAGCAGGUGUCUGAGUCUGCUACGGUCGGUGCCUUCCCGAGGCAACCUACAGUUAAUGGUCGAGUCUCCAGUCUGUCCUCGUCACUACGAGUGGAUUUAAGUUUUUUAUGUUUUGUUUUCUGCUCUGAUUGUCCAGGAGUAUUGCUUAUAUCCUUUACUGGAAUAAAGACUCUGUUUUCGCCAA